AUGACCUUUAUUGACAUUGCUGUAAAUUUGAAGUUUGUGUUUGCUGUCAGUCAGGACAGCUGCAUCUGCAGGCUGUGUACGACCACAGGGAACAGCAGCUCCAGAAUCAAGCUCUCUAGGAGUCCAAAAUGUGCAUCUCUCUGGAAAGGGUUCCCAGGCAGGCAUGUGCCUGAUGGAGGUGCAGCAAACAGGGGCGGUCAUCUGAGCCCAGGAGCUGAACUGUUAACACUAAAUGGGCAAUCAUUUAAAGACCUGUCGAGCAGGGAGGCUGAAUCUCUCAUUCACCCGACAACACGGCUGAUGAACAUCAUGAUGGCUAGCAAAGAAAUGCCAGCCUGUAAGGAAAGGCCUUUGGAAAUAAAAAAUGGUUUUAUGUACAGUAAAGCUGCAUGUCAACGGACUCGCAGUAACUCAACCAGCGUAAGUCCGUACUGGGCGGGGGAGAAGGACUGCACAGCGCCCCGCAGAGCCGGGCCCUUCAGAGACCGGCAGCCCCACGCCCUCCCCACCGGCCACAAAUCCCUCUCCCAACAGCUGGACAGCUCUGGAGGGAGGACCCCAGCAAUCUCGAGGCCAUCUAGAUCACUAAGUACAGCACAGCUAGUGCACACAUCCUGUGGCUCACAGGCUUCAGUAAUCUCAAACAUCGUAUUGAUGAAAGGACAAGGGAAGGGUCUGGGCUUCAGUAUUGUUGGAGGGAAAGACAGCAUUUAUGGACCAAUAGGCAUCUAUGUCAAAACCAUCUUUCCUGGUGGGGCUGCUGCUGAUGAUGGAAGGCUACAGGAAGGUGAUGAAAUCCUGGAGCUGAAUGGAGAAUCCAUGCAUGGAUUAACACAUUAUGAUGCUUUACAAAAAUUCAAGGCCAAAAAGGGUCUUCUGACACUUACAGUCAGGACAAGCUUCAGUACGCCUCAUUCUGCUUCCAGCUGUCUGUCACCCCAAUUAUGUCAGUCACUGAGUACAUGCAUAACCAAAGAAAACAGCUCUUUCAGUUCAGAAAGUGCAGCAUUCUCAUUAAAUGCUACAAAGCCCAACGACAGGGUCAUAAUGGAAGUUAUCUUAAACAAAGAGCCAGGUGUUGGCCUUGGAAUUGGGUUAUGUAGCAUCCCUUACUUCCAGUGUAUUUCAGGGAUUUUUAUUCACACCCUCUCACCAGGCUCCGUGGCACAUAUGGAUGGGAGACUCAGGUGUGGAGAUGAAAUUAUUGAAAUUAAUGAAGCUUCAGUACAAAAUAUGACUCUUAAUGAAGUGUAUGCUGUCCUAAGCCAUUGCAGUCCUGGUGCAGUGCAGAUUAUUAUUAGCAGACACCCUGAACCGCAGGUGUCUGAGCAACAGCUAAAAGAAGCUGUUGCACAUGCCGUGGAAAACAACAGAUUUGGAAAGGAGAGACACCACUGGAGUACUGAAGGUGUUAAAAAACUAGAAACAAGCUGGCAUGGAAGACACCCAUGUGAAAAAUAUAUGGAAAGGAAUGCUGCUCAUGGCAGCCACAGGUCACAGAAGCUAAUGACCCGCUCCAGCAGUGACAGCAGCUACAACCCUAGGUCCUCAUGUAGCAAUGGUGCUGCAUACCAGCUGAUUGACCUGAAACCAAGAGUACACAGCAUUGAUGUACCAGUCACCAGACAACCUGGCCUGCUGCACUCACUGUCUGGUAAUAAUUCAGAGAGGAAUUCCCCUCCUACUUGUAGUGAGCGGGGUCAACCCUUGCAAAACAUGAAGAAAUCCUCAGAGAUCCUCGUUAGAAAACCCAAAUCAUCAAAGCCCAAACCUCCACCAAGGAAAUACUUUAAACAGGACUGCACAUGUAAUGACCAGUGUAAUGCAGACAGAAAAGAAAAGCUGGUAUCAGAAUUGGCUGUAUCACACUCUGCAAAUAUUCGGGAAGUUGGAGAACCAAUGCUAGAGGGACCUCACACUGAUGUAACCCACAGUGUCUUUACCACUUCUCCUAGAGCAUAUGAUUCUGAACACAUAACUGCUGCACCAGCAGGCAGAGAACAAGAAAGAAAAGCAAACCUAGGAAACCCACUUUCAUCAAUACAAAGGCCUAUACUUAAAAGACAAGCACGGGUUGAUUAUAGUCUUGAUAGAACGACAGAAGACCCUUGGGUUAAAAUUUCUGACUGCAUAAAAAGUUUAUUUAAUCCUACCAUGAGUGAAGACAAUGUCCACUUAGAUUUGCAACCUGGCACUGACACAAAGAAAAAUCGAAGCAGCUCAGAGACAGUUCUGAAGAAAUCAGACUCGGAAUUAGUGGAUUCGAAAGUGCUAAAAUCAGAUGAAAACGACAGUGUGAAAAAGGGUCCUCCUGUUGCACCUAAGCCAGCCUGGUUUCGCCAAAGUCUGAAAGGAUUAAGGAAAGCAAAUUCAGGUCUAAGAACACAGGCAGAUCAAAGUCCUCCCAACUUUCGAAGCAUUUCCAGCAAAGAACUGCAAACAAGCUUAUCCUGUGUCUCUCCUAGGGGAUCAUCAAUAAAACAAAGAAUAAGUUCUUUCGAAUCCUUGAGCGCUCCACAGUCACCUGAAAAGAUACACCGAAGAUUUAGUCUGAAACCAUCAGUGCAGAAAGAACGCUCUCCCACUGCAACAGGGCCAGGGGCAGCUCCAGCCCAUUUGAACCAAGCCUUUCACCAGCAUUGUGAAACUAGCCAACAACAGCCACCUGUGGUCAUGGGCACAAAGAGCCUAGAUAGAUCUUCCUCUCCCAGGGAGGUCCCUGUGGCUAACUCAGAAAAAAGGAACAAUGCCACCACUGAAAACUCCUCGGGUCUCUUAACUACAGAAGCCAUUGCAACUUCCCACCUUGUAUCAGUUGCAAAAACACACAGCCUACGAUCACGAAGCUUCCCACUUACUGCUACCCAGUCUUAUGAGAUGAUGAAGCCAUACGAUGAAAAGUGUAGCAAAAUCUACUCCAUCAGUAGCCAGGUGUCAUCUGCUUUAAUGAAAUCUUUGCUUUGCCUUCCUCAGUCUCCAGCAUCUUCUGGAAACAGCACAUGGGAAGCUCUGGACACCUUGUCUCAGUCCUCUGUGGAGGAGGAUGGGACUUCUCCCUCCUCCGCAAGUGAGAAUCAUCACCUGGACACAGGUUUCUCUCUAAACCUCUCUGAGCUGAGAGAAUACACUGUGAGCCUAGCAGAAAAUGAGAGGGAGGAAGAGAAACAGGAACACGACUCACCUCAAGCAUCCGGUGUGUCAGGGCAGUCUGUCAUCUCUCUGCUUUCCCCUGAAGAGUUAGCAAAGCUUAUAGAGGAAGUCAAAACACUAGACGAAGCAACCUUAAAGGAAUUGGAUGAUAUACAUGUUACAAUUUUGCAUAAAGAGGAAGAUACUGGGCUUGGAUUCAGCCUGGCUGGGGGCAUUGACCUAGAAAACAAAGCAAUCACAGUUCACAAAGUGUUUCCCAAUGGACUAGCAUCUCAGGAGGGGACUAUUCAGAAAGGAGAUGAAGUACUAUCCAUUAAUGGAAAGUCUCUUAAAGGUGCGACUCACAACGAUGCCUCAGCAAUCAUGCGACAGGCUCGGCAACCCAGACAAGCUGUUGUUGUCACUAGAAAAGCCAAAGAUGGAGAAAGAUAUCUCAAUGUCUCAAUCAACUCUAGUACAGCUUCAGUAGCAAGUGAUGCCUCACAAGAGUCUGCACCUGAAGAUACAAUCUGCACAGUAACUCUGGAAAAAAGACUUGCUGGUUUAGGAUUCAGUCUGGAAGGAGGGAAGGGCUCUAUCCAUGGAGAUAAACCCAUCAUUGUCAAUAGGAUAUUUAAAGGGACUGCAUUAGAACAAAGCAGCCCUGUUCAGCCUGGUGAUGAGCUACUACAAGUGCACACAACUGCCAUGCAAGGACUCACUCGUUUUGAAGCAUGGAAUAUAAUCAAGGCAUUACCUGAUGGGCCCAUCACAGCUAUCAUCAAGAGGAAGAGUCCAAGCAGCGUUACCACCAAGUCUGAAACUUUGUAAGAGGAGGAAGUAGACUACUGCCAAUAUUUUGAACAAAAAAGGAUUUUAUUAUUUGCAGCCAUUUGGCUAGCACAGCAAGAUAAUCAGAAAGUGCAUAUGAAA